UCCCCAAAGGAGGUAGGUAGUUUACCUGAUGACAUACUCUCCACCUCCACAAGCGAGAAAGUAAGGUAAUGCUGUCGCUUGGGGCCGAGACCAGGGGUCUGACAAUGUGCGCGUGAGGAGGUUUCCUUAUGGAGUGAUUUUCAAUCUUAUCGUGGUGCAAGAUGAUGUCUAGGCGCGCUGCUAUAGGUGCGGAAACUAUGAACACGCAGAUCGACCGUCGGCGUUUGACGAAUGAGGUACCUGGGCCAUACCAGGUGAUGUCCCUAGGACAUUCGACAUGGGCUCCGAUGAGGUGGUUGGCUCCCAUCUGACUGACGCAUGUAACCAUAUUCGUGGAUGGGUAUAUCUGAGCUUGCCUCCGCCUUACACCUUCAGUUCUGGGGUAUGGGGUUUAGGUGAACUUCUCCUCAGUUUCCUGCUCUACUAUAUAGAUACUUCUACCUAUUCCCCUCACUAGAUAUUCUCGAUCGCCGUGGAGCAUCGGAGACGUUCAAGAUGGCCAAGCUUCCGAAGAUCACGAACACCUACUUCGUGGCGAUUAUCGCCACGGUAGGAGGUAUGCUGUUCGGUUUCGACAUUUCGUCCAUCGCAGCCAUCGUCAUCACCCCUCAGUAUAUCGAAUACUUCGACAAUCCAUCUGGACUUAUACAAGGUGCCAUUGGGUCUGCCCUGGCUGCUGGAUCCGUAGUAGGAAGUCUGAUGGCUGGGCCAAUCUCCGACAAGAUUGGCCGUCGCGAUAGUAUCAUGUUCGCCUGCUUUUGGUGGCUCAUCGGAACCGCAGUUCAAGUCUCUACAAAUGGCGUUGGCUCCCUCAUCGCUGGCCGCGUGCUCAACGGCGUCUGUGUUGGCAUUACCUCGUCGCAGGUCCCCGUCUACCUGGCCGAAAUCGCGAAGCGUGAAUCCCGAGGACGCAUCAUCAUCAUCCAACAACUCGCCAUUGAAUGGGGCAUCUUCAUCAUGUACUUCGCCAGCUACGGCUGCGGCUUCAUUGCAGGCCCCGCGUCGUUCAGAACCGCCUGGGGCUUGCAGUUCAUCCCCGCCGUUCUUCUCAUGAUUGGUCUGCCCUUUCUCCCCCGAUCGCCUCGAUGGCUGGCCAAGGUCGGCCGGGAAGAAGAAGCCAUCCAGACCCUUGCUGAUAUCCAAGCUGGCGGUAACAAGGAUGACGCGCUAGUCAUUGCUGAGUGGGAGGAGAUUUACACUGUCCUGGUGGCCGAGCGUGAGAGCGUCCGUGGCUGGAGGAAGUUCAUCUCGAAUGGGAUGUGGAAGAGGACGGUGGCUGGCAUGUCUGUCCAAGCGUGGCAGCAAUUGAGCGGUGCCAAUGUCAUUGUCUACUAUCUCACCUAUGUCUUCCUAAUCGCCGGCCUACAGGGCAACAUCAACCUGAUCGCCUCCGGAAUCCAAUAUGCCCUCUUCAUCGUCUUCACAUCGAUCAUGUUCUUCUUCAUAGAUCGUACCGGCCGUCGAACCCUUCUCAUCGCUGGCGCUCUGGGCAUGGGCAUAUGUCACUUCGUCAUCGGUGGCGUCCUUGGAGGCUUUUCAGAGUCUGUGCCGGAAGGUGUGGAUGGCAACGCCAAUGUAACCUUUAAGGUCUCUGGUUCGGCAUCAAAUACCGUGAUUGCUUUUAGCUACCUCCUGAUCAUCAUAUACGCCCUAACACUAGCGCCCGUAGCCUGGAUCUACGCUGCCGAAGUUUGGUCACUCGGGACACGUGCCACUGGCAUGUCUCUCGCAGCCGUAGCCAAUUGGCUGUUCAACUUUGCUCUUGGCCUGUUCACGCCGCCGGCAUUCCAGAAUAUCAAGUACAAGAUCUUUAUCAUCUUCGGUGUCCUGUGUUUCGGCUCGGCUAUCCAGACGUUCUUGACCUACCCGGAGACGUGCGGCAAGACGAUCGAGGAAGUCGAGGAGCUCUUUGCCAAGGGUGCGCCUCCGGCUUGGAAGACUAAGAAGGGCGGCUCCCGCCUCGAAGCUGAAGUGCAGGCUGUGCUGGAGCGAAAGCGUGCUGGCGAGGCGGUACAUGCCGAGGUACACCAGGCAGCGCAUGACAAAUCAGGGUCGUUGGAGAAGGAAACAGCAUAAUGUAUCUGUAAAGGAAUAUGACACGCAUAUGUGUAUGAAGAUGAUCGCUUCAGUGUUUACGGUACUUACCUAGCCUACACCCAUCUCGCCUAGCUCACUGAUAAUAUACUUGCAUACUAUCACACGAUGUAGAUAGAACCGAUAAAAUAGCCCAUUCCUGUUACUUCAAGCUGGACGAUAGAUGACAUCUUGGAUUACUUGAACACGCUCGGUUUUCGUACUGAAGCAUAUACACCCAUAUACCUAAUAUUAUCACCAUAUCAGCAAGGUGUGUACAUUCAUUGAAUGUAAUCUUGUGUAUGUCAUUUCAAGGUAUCAGGGUUCUUGUAUAACUAGACUCUAGGUUUAGGACAAAUGUAGGUUUACCUCCAUCGGUAGUCUAAUAUGAUUGCAACAGUCUAUUGCGUGGCCCGACAGGUCUGCUCACUAUACAUUCUUCUGUAUACCCUUUGAGUAAAAUAUUCUAACUACUAUAGAUAGUGUCUGUAGCCUUCAUUUUCUUUCUUUACUAC